UUACGAGUUGACUCUGAAUGCGGCAAAAGCCCGUUUACAGAGAGACAACAAUCAGGCGAAGAGAAGCAGUUAGGAUCUCGUAAGUAGCUAAUUAUUCUUUACAAAAAUGGUCCAGUGAGAGUGGAAGAUGCCCGCCAUGAGUCAAAGUAGUCCUUGCCUGUGGACUCGACUCCCCCAGAGCAGCCAGUCCCCAUGUGACCGCUACAAGCACGCCUGCUGCAGCUAUGAUGGGAAUGUCUACAUCCUGGGAGGAAGAGACAACAGCAGUCUGAGGGACUUCUGGAGGUACAGCGUGGUUUGUAACGAGUGGACAGAGUUAAACUGCACCAGUGAAGCUGCACCAGAAGAACUAGAGGAGCAUUCUAUGGUGGCUCAUGAGGGCUUCCUGUACGUGUUUGGGGGCAUGCUGGAUUCUGCAUACACCAGGGGGAGAUGGCCCCUCUGGGUAUUUGAUAUUGCUCAGCAGAAGUGGCUGCACUGCCAGGAAAAGACGAGCUCCCCUCAGAUCCAAUUGCCAACCAACAGAAAAGGACACAGCGCUGUGGUGGUUGGCUCUGCCAUGCUGCUGUACGGAGGUUUCGUAGACAUGAAAGGAUCCUCGCAGGACUUUUGGAGUUUGGACUUUGAUUCCAUGGCUUGGUCCCUGCUGAAUGGUUCUCAGCGGGGCUCAUUAGGCCCCGGCCCCAGACACAGUCACUCAGCCAUGGCCAACCAGAGCUGCAUGUACCUGUUCGGGGGCUUGAAAGGCUUGCGGGAGCAGAGAGACUUCUGGAAGUGGAAUUCCACCAGCCACAUGUGGAGUUCCCUCAAAAACAAGUCUGGUCCCUCCCGACUGAUGGGUCACUCAGCUGUGGCCUACAAGGACAGUAUGCUUCUAUUUGGGGGAGGCGAGAGCCAGAACUCUCCAAAGAACUGCCUUUGGAGGUACACCUUUACCACUCAGAGCUGGGCGCCGGUUGCUACACUCCCGGGCUCGAACCCCCCAGACAAGAUUCACCACUGCUGCACCGGGCUUGGUCCCAGCUACAAGUCCAACACCAGCAGCCCCUGCUCCAGCUCAGAACUCCAACCUAAGCUGGAUGGGAAACUAAGGCCAUUCAAGAACAAGUGCUUCCCUACCCAGCUCACAUUUCUGGGAUCAGAGGGAGAUAUAGAGCUGGAGACGUUCAGAUGCUACAAGAGCAAAACACUCGCACAAUCUUCUGAACAGGACGACAGCACACAGGGCUUUAUGGUGAGAGAUGCACCGCAGAUUGGAAACUGUUUAACCUUUGAAAACAAGGCUGUGAGGAAACAGUGGAGCUGCACAGAAGAGAACAUGCCAGACGAAGAGGAGGAUGAAGAUGUAACCCAGCAUCUGCCUGAUCUGCUGCUGGUGCUGGGGGGGAGACCAGUGCACCAGACACAGUCCUAUCUCCAUAUGGCAAAUGACUCUGACUGACUCAUAACAAACUUCACAAACAUUUUCUAAACCCUAGUAUUAUAUUAUCACUUCACCUUUGCUCAAUUUGAUAUGUUUUUGUAUGUGUUUACUGCCAUUCUGUGAACAAGAAAAUAUCUUAACUAUUGUUAUAGUACUGUUGCAGGACUCAAAUAAAUGAUCUGAGAAGGG